CUGUCUUUUUUCCGACAGCAUGUGGCGGUGCGUACUAGUGUGCACAGUAGCGUUCGUGGGCACGUCCUUGGGAUGGGUGGUGCCCGAUGCCCGCGAGGAUCCUUCCCUCUACAAUUUGGGCGUCGGCAUCUUCGAUGUCACGGGACCGGCAGCCGGCGUGAACAUGAUGGGGUACGCAAACCCUGCCCAAGUAAACGGCGGAAUCCACACGCGUUUGUAUUCCCGCGCCUUCAUCUUCGACGACACGCAGAGAAGGAUUGUGUUCGUAAGCGUCGAUUGUGGCAUGAUGGGGCAGAUGGUGAAGAUUAAGGUGGUAGAGCGGCUCCAGGCACAAUACGGGAACUUAUACGGUCAUGACAACGUGAUGCUAAGCGGCACUCACACGCACUCGGGUCCUGCAGGGUAUCUCCAGUACCUGCUCUUUGAUAUCACCUCCUUGGGCUUCAUUCACGAGACGCUGGAUGCUAUGGUGGAGGGCAUUUACCAGAGCAUCGUCAUGGCGCACGAGAAUGUAGUGCCCGGCCAUGUGUACGUGACCAGCGGCGACCUCCUCGACACCUCCAUCAACCGCUCGCCGACGGGGUACCUCAACAACCCGGAGGAGGAGAGGGCCAAGUACGAACACAACACGGACAAGACCAUGACGUUGCUGAAGCUGGUGGCGGAGGAUGGAACCGAUUUAGGCAUGGUGAACUGGUACGCUGUUCACCCAACCUCCAUGAACAACACCAACAAGCUGAUUUCUGGGGACAACAAGGGCUACGCGUCCCAGCUCUUCGAGGAGGCCAUGAACCCCGGAGCUCUGCCUGGCCAGGGGAACUUCGUGGCUGCGUUCGCGCAAUCGAACUGCGGCGACGUGAGUCCGAACACGAAGGGCCCGCGGUGUAUCGACACAGGUCUUCCUUGCGAGCUCUCCUCCUCCACGUGUAACGGCCGCGUUCAGAACUGCAUCGCCUUCGGGCCCGGGAAGAAUAUGAUGGACAGCACGAGGAUCAUCGGCGAAAACCAGUUCCAGAAGGCUUGGGAAUUGUACCAUGAUGCUGCCGCCGUCAAGAUCUCGGGACCUGUUCAGUUCGCGCAUCAGUUCGUUGACAUGGCCAACUACACAGUGCAUUAUGAUGACGGAUCUACGGGCAAGACGUGCAUGCCCGCCCUAGGAUACAGCUUCGCGGCGGGCACCAUCGACGGGCCCGGCGCCUUCGAUUUCACCCAGGGCAUGACGGAGGGCAACCCCUUCUGGAACAUGGUGAGCGGCGUCCUGCAGAAGCCCUCGCCUGAACAGGUUGCCUGCCACGACCCCAAGCCCAUCCUGCUUGACACGGGCGAGAUGAACUUCCCGUACGCAUGGCACCCGAGGAUCGUAGACACACAGGUGGGACGCGUCGGCCAGCUGAUCAUCCUUCCGGUGCCUGGGGAGUUCACGACGAUGUGCGGACGUCGCUUCCGGGACCAGGUGGCAGCGACGCUGGAGGGCGAGGGUGUCCCGGGAGCCGUGCCCGUGCUCGCCGGCCUUUCCAACGUGUACACUCACUACAUCACGACGUGGGAGGAGUACCAGGUACAGAGGUACGAGGCCGCCUCCACCAUCUACGGGCCCCACACCUGCAGCGCCUACAUGCAGCAGUACUCCUACCUCGCCGCGGCCAUGGUCAAGGGCGAAUAUCCUGAGCCUGGUCCGGCGCCACCUGACAUGACAAACAGCGUCAUGACCCUCCUGCCUGGGGUCAUGUUCGACGGUACUCCGUUCGGCAAGGCCUUUGGUGACGUCAUCGCUGAGCCGUAUCCCCUGGCGUACGUUGGGGAGACUGUCACCGCCAAGUUCGUAUCCGGCCACCCCCGCAACGACGUGCAACUGGGCGGUUCCUUCCUGACGGUGGAGCGCCUGACGGAUGCCGGAAGCUGGCAGGUGGUGGCCACUGACGCCAGCUGGGAGACCAGGUUCAUCUGGGACAGGACGUCGAGUCUGCUUGGCACCAGCGUAGCCACCGUCAAGUGGGACAUCCCGAAGGACGCGCCCGAGGGCACCUACCGCAUCACGCACACCGGGCACUUCAAGACGCUCUUCCGGGGCAUCGACCAGUAUCACGGGAUCAGCAAAGCAUUCAAGGUGGUAACUCCCAGCUGGCAAGCAAACCAGGUGAGGAGAGCCCAUCGGCGCAAGAACUCUCGCAAGUCCUGGUGGCGCCGCGUGUUCCGCCUGUAAGAUCGGUGACGUCAGGUCUUGAAAAUCUUAUGUUUUUUUUCUCGUUUCCUUGACCUAAAAUGACCCUCCUUACC